AUGCCGACGUCCAGUACCCGUCGCAAUGCCAACCGUGCUCGGUGUCAGUUCGCUGGUUGUGACAAGUUCGCUCAGACCCGAGGACUGUGCAAGGCUCACGGCGGUGGCUCUCGUUGCCGUGACCCGCAGUGCAACAAGCUCGCUCAAAGUCGUGGCUUGUGCAUUGCCCACGGUGGUGGCCGUCGCUGCCAGUUUGACGGCUGCCAGAAGCUGGCACAGUCCAAGGGCUACUGCAUUUCACACGGCGGCGGCCGUCGCUGUACCAUCCCGAACUGCGAGAAGUUCUCUCAGGUCAAGGGCCGCUGCAAGUCUCACUUCAAGCUUCUGACGGUCGGAUCGUACUCUCCGUCCCACGGCGUCGUGACCCCACCCAGCUCGACCGGCAACUCGUUCAUCUCACCCACUAGAACUAAGCUUUCGAUCGACUUCCUGGUGAACCCGCUUUUGCGCAGCUCUUCCAUUGGCGACAAGGUGCCGACCAAACAUAUUCAAGUGCCUGCCUUACUGUUGGGCAACCAGCGAUCAUUGCUGUCGUUUCUCGAGUCGCACGGACCCGUCACGUCCCACCCGGCACCCCAGCCUCAAUAUGCGGCCGCGCCGGGACACUACCAGGCACCAAUUCUGCCACCGCUUACGAUGUACCGCUAA